ACUAACUACCUCACCCGCGCGCCAGUGGUCAAUUUCCAUUAUCACUUCUCCGGAGAGAUAAUUACUCCUACCACAGCUCUAUAAUCAUAACGCGAUAGCAGAUAAUAUAUAAACCUACCUCCUUAGUUACACCCUGACCAUCUGAAGAUGCAGUGGGCAACAUGCGAUUCAGAAGCCAGCUCACCAAUAUAAACACUUUUGCCAAAUUUACCGCGUCUUUAUCGUCACUAGGCAAAAUAUGUUGGGUCCGCCUGGAAGAUGAAGUUGUUCGCUUCACCAUCAUCCCGGACCAGGGAACCCAGGUCUGGGCUCAGUUGCCAAUUGACACAGUCUUUGAAUCUUACUCCGUAAGCUCCGCGUCGGGCGUGAUCAAUCUCGAAGUCCCUAUCAGCGCGCUCCACCGGGCUCUCCGCUCCGCAACAAGCGCAAACUCGGCACAACUACGGUUAACCAAGAAGGGAUCUGUCCCAUUGCUUGCACUAACAGUCGUGACUUCGUCAUGGACGUCAGGGAAGAAUGCCCUAGGGAUUGGGAAUGGCAGCGACAUCAACAACAACGGUAGCGCUAAUUUUAGCGGGAUGCCACCACAAGGCAGCACGCAACUCGAAACAGCAGCAGCACACAGAAACCAACCUGAUGGCCCGCGUGAACGCGAAACCAUAAUAACGCAAGAAAUUCCCGUCCGCGUCCUCCCGCCCUCGUCCGUGGAAGGCCUUCACGAGCCCCGUUGCCGUAGUCCAGACGUCCACAUCGUACUCCCCAGCCUUAUCCAGCUCAAAAGCAUCUCAGAACGCUUCACGAAGCUAUCCAUGGAUUCUGCUGCCAAGACCUUCCUUAAUUCAUCAACAACGGGACUAGCAUCCACGCAAGGAGUAGGCGCGGGAGCUGCUAACACUGGUAGUAGCCCCAAGCUCGAAUUGUCAGCAAACAUGCACGGCUCGCUGAAACUCGCGAUAGCGACAGACACCUUGCGCAUCUCGAGCGUGUGGACCGGCCUGCUUAAUCCGCCUCUGGAUCCUGCACAGCUGUCCCAGGACGAGCUGGAGCAACUUCCCAGCGAGCGGAUGAGGGAGUUGGGCGGGGAGAACGGGGAGGCGGAAGAGGGGUGGGCGAAAGUAAGGAUUGAUGGGAAAGACUGGGGCCGGGUGCUCAGUGUUGGGCGGUUGAGUCCGAGGGUUGUUGCGUGUUUUAUCCACGAUACUGCACUGAUCCUAUACGUCUAUUUACCGGAGAGCGAAAGUGGGGAAGAUUCAUGUUUAACGUAUUAUAUCAAUUCUUACGCAGCUUGAACUUUGCUGUGCUGUUAUUUUCGCACCACAAACUGUCGCCUGCAGAAGUCAAAAUACCCAACAUAGCAAUCUGCACUUGUGCGUGCAAUGGUUCUAUUAAUACUACUUGCAACAUUACAAUUUUCCACCCUUGAUGAGUAAUGAGUAAUGCUACUUUUUCCUUAGUUUUUACUGAGACCUGUGAAAACACAGGGACUGCCCUCAGCUACUAGGGGAAAGUCAACAUAUGGAAUGAAUAUAUCACCGGCUUGUUUCGUUUCAGUGAUGCACGCACAACUAGACGUAGAGACUACCUACCGUGCCCCUGAAAGUGCAACGAUACACCGGUCGUGAGUUGCCCCUGUAGCUGUGAAACCUGUAUUUAACUAGCUCGAUCUUCGUAAUUCAGUCGUUGAAAAAUGAAUGCCAACCGUGUUUAGCGGUGAAGGAUACAAGUUGAGCGGGAGCUAAAAUAAAAUGGUAGAUAUCCAGACACAGUCGAGAGACCAAAAUUUCAUUAUUUUCAGCUGGCAUGCAAUUCAUAGUUGAGCUGCGACCUGUUUGCUAUGUAUCUGAGGGAAUGCAGGCAAAAAUAAUAUGUAUUAGGAAAGGAAGAAGCAAGCAGGCGAAAAAAGUAUAGACUGAUUAAAAUAUUUAAUAGGGGAAAUGCCAAAUAGUAUACAGAAAAAUCAUCAAAGAUCCCCUCUCUCGUCUUUUACAAGAUGGUCAGAGUGACGAA